AAGUUUUCAAAGCGUAAAUUUGAAACGAGACGUCAAAUUUUCGGCGUAAAGAGUAAAGAGGGACAGGCGCAUGCGUGUUAGCGUCGAGCGUAGCAACUACGUCACAACAAUGGCGGACCUAACAGCUGCUUUAUGCUCACUUCUCCAGCCAGCGUACAUUAUUACAUUAUUACGACACAUUAAUAACACAAGUCAGUUUGUAAAACAUUUUAUACACCAAACUAACACAUUUUCAAAAGACAAACACGCAGUUAUAUAGUGUUUUUUACCAAGUGAUAUCCCCACCUACCGGCCAAGCAUACACAUUACAACUAUUUAGUAUCUUUUUUUCCAAAAAGUGCAAAUAUCGAAUGCGUGGAGUUAAUAUUCGCACGUGUUGUUACCUCAAUGGCUCCUUGUGUGAGAUCGACACUCAUGUCUGGUGCAUAAAAAUGUUCUAGAAGCUCAAAAAGCUUGUGCGGUCCUGCUCGUCGACUGGAACAUGGGGAGUUGUUUGGCGACGACAACAACAAGGACCGGAUAUGUACUAAUGUCGCUUCAAAAUAAGAUAAUCAUUUUAGCCAGCAACGACACAAUAGAAAAACCACGACCGCGCUAAUAAUAUCAACCCAUUAAGAGAGUUUUAAUCACCUCCAUCAUGUAGAGUAGCAAGACACACAAACACGUUUAACCUAACUCGGGCGUCGUGCAAGUUUUAUUUUGAAGAGCCCUUAACAGGAAGCUUCAAGUUGCAAAGCCAACUUGAUAAGAGCUACAAUGGCGGCUGUUGGCUAGUGUUGCAAACUCACAACAAACAUUUUGAACUUUAAAGAAAAAAAUAAUUUUCUUUUAAAAAUGGACCUUCCGUGCUUGCCGUGGCAAGACCACGUGGCCCAGAAGUGGGCCGGACUCGAACCUGGCUACAAGGAACAUUUCACGUCCUUGCUGGAGAUCGAAGACAUCUUUAAAAGUGCCUUGAGCGUGACAACGCUGGAUGAUGCGUGCCGCCUGGGGAGCGUCUGUGCCGGACAAGCAGAUGUCCACAAAGACGCAGAGGAGGCGGCGAGGUGCAAGGAACGAGGCAACGCCAGCUUCCGGAACCGGAAGUACACCGAUGCGACCCUGCACUACUCUCAGGGUGUUUGCUUCGCCCCCCCAAGUUCGGAGCAUCUGGCUCUUUGCUACGCCAACCGCUCGGCGGCGCUCUACCACCUGCAGCACUACCAGGAAGCUCUUGACGACGUGGAGGCCGCCAAGAGGAGCGAGUACCCCGCUCACCUCCUACACAAGCUGGAGAAGCGCCGCACACAAUGCGUGGCGCACCUUUCUUCCUCCGACGCCCUGGGAGCGCCGCCCGCAGCACCGCCCACAGCACCGCCCACGUCAGGGCUGAGCCCCCACGCUGCCGUUGGCGUCAGCCCGAAGAAAGGUCGCCACCUGGUGGCUGCCAAAAGAAUAUCCGCGGGGGAGGUGAUCCUCAGCGAGAGGCCUUAUGGCUGCGUCCUCAUCCCCGGCGCCGCCAUGUUUGGGCGCGAGUGCAGGCGCUGUCACAGGUGUUUGAUCCAAACGUUACGUCCGGUGCCGUGCGGGGGGUGCGCCUACAGCCGCUACUGUUCCAGCGCCUGUCAGACUCUGGCCUGGGAGGAACACCACCGCUGGGAGUGUCCGCUGGGGCGACACCUGCAGGCGGCGGGCGUGAUGUCGCAGCUCGCCCUGAGAGUGGCGUUGACGGCCGGCGUGGAGAACAUCCGUGCGGCCGCCGAGUCCUCGGAGCGUCCCGAUCACGCCUACACGCGCACGUUCCGCCUGCUGCACCACUCGGCGCGCCAGAGUCCCGGCAUGCGCUUCCUGUGCGCGGUCACCGCGGCGACGCUGAGCCUCGCGCUCGGCGGGAGAGGGCCGCCGCCGCCCGGCGCGCCCCCGGACGGGGACGCCGGCGCGGAAUGGCGGCUGCUGGGAAGCGCGGCGCUGAGGCACCUGCUGCAGCUGCGGUGCAACGCCCAGGCCGUGGUCACGCUGCAGCACCAAGGUCCGUCGGACGCUCCCGUGCAGUCCAGCCAGGAAGAGCGCGUGGCCACGGCCCUAUUUCCCACGCUGAGUCUCCUCAACCACGCCUGCCGUCCCAACACCAGCCUGGCGUUCAGCGUGGGGGAAGCACCCGGCGUCGGCGUCGGCGUCACCGUGCGGGCGUCCCGCGGCGUGUCUCCUGGACAAGAGGUGACGCACUGCUACGGUCCCCACAGCAGCAGGAUGGCCGCCAGGGAGCGCAGGCGCCUCCUGCUGGAGCAGUACUACUUCCUGUGUGAGUGCGGCGCCUGCGUGCGGGCGGAGGACGAGCAUGAAGGUGGAACAUCUGGACUGAUGUGUGCUGAGUGCAAGGACUCCCCCCUGAUGAAGGAGGCGGGAGGAGACUUGAAAUGCUCGUCUUGCGGCCGUCUGGUGUCGUCCUCCGAGGUGACACGCCGGCUGCAGGACGUCCAGCAGGACUUGGACUUGGCCGUGGACCUCAUGGAGAGGCAGAGACCAGCUGAGGCCCUGGUGCUGCUGGACAAGUCAGACGGGACGCUGGCGGAGACACACCCCCUCCAGGGCCAGGUGGCGGACGCCAUGGCGAGGGCGCACGCCACAAUGGGCCAGUGGCGCCGUGCAGCCGCCCACGUGGAGCGCAGCGCCGCCGCCAUCGGCGCCCAGUUCGGGGAGGAGAGCGUGGAAAAGGCUCGCCAACUUUUCAAGUUAGCGCAGCUGCACUUUAACGGGAACUGGAUCCGGUCCCUCGCGGCGUCUAAAAGGACUCAGCGCCGUCUCGAGUCUCGGCUCCGUGUCACCGAUACACUCGCACCUCCUCGCUGGCGUGGAGAGCGCCGCCGUCGGGCAGCGUUUGGUCAUUCAAGACGCCGCCAGAGGACGCGGGGGGGCCACGUGGGCGUGGCCUUGGUUGUGUAACGCAGAGGUGCUAAAAAUAAACAGGAAGUCAGCCGUUUGACUUCCUGAUCAAUCGGAGGCCAUCUUGGUGAGGUCACCAAACACCUUGCAGGGAGGUCACACACCUGUGUGUGUCUCCAUCACUCUUACUAGUAAUAUACUUAUUUACCUUCACACUGACCUCCAAUCUGGAUCUGUACAUAUAC